AUCCCCAUGACUGGGCCUUUGCCGGUUCGUGGGCGGCCGCUCCCGCCGCGUGCGCUCCUUCAUGGAUGAUACUACUUCUACCAACAAGCAUCCGCUGCGGGACAUGGACUCGCGCCCCGUCGCUGCCGUCGCGGGAGCAGCGCUCUUGUGUGGCGCUCUCGCGCAACGGCUGGCCGCGCGAGACGUCGAGCUGUCGUCUGAAGUCUUUGCCUGGGCUGCUCUUCCCCUUCUUGUUAAGAUCUUUCGCCAAUAUGGUCUGACCGACGGGCCUCAUUCUAAAUUUGCCGCGAAACCCUCGAGUCCUGCCCCUCCCUGUCUUUCACGGACCGCCACUCUGUUUGCUUUGGCCGUUACAGUCUCAGCUUGCUAUCGAUCCGAGGAACACAUUGUUGUUCUCUUUCCCGCCCUGACGCCUCUGCUCCUGGGCCAGAUUCAGCAUUCGAAACUCCUCGACAAUACCCAGAAGUCUUUGCUGAGCCCCCUCGCCCUACCGACAAGCACAUUCUUUGCAGCGGUUUCUUGCUUCGUUCUUUUGCGCUCCAACGGGACAGGCCUUGUUUCCUUGGCUACGUGCCUCGUUGUUCUAGGCUUACUCUACGCGUCCUAUCUCGCGCUCGCAAGGUCACAGACUCCCGGCAGCACGACUGUCGAAGUGGAAAAUGGAGAGCCCGAGAGUUGUGAGUCGUUCGAUGAUGUCGAUAUCGAAGAGGUGGCGUUGCCAUGGGCGCUCCGAAUUGUACCAGCCUUGGUUGUUGCGCUGUCGAUUCGAACAUUCGUCUUUCAGGCGCCGAACGGCCCUUGGAUACAAAUGGUGGUCGUUGGUCUGUUUAAGGCCUUGAGCUGGCUCCUCAUCUUUAAAACGACCCGGUUCUCGCCGUGGUGCAUUGCUACGACCAUCGGCACCUUCUCGAUUGCGGCGACUCGCAGCCCGUACAUCCAGAUAUCUGGAUUAUACGCCGUAUCCCAUGUCCUUCUAUCAAUACUGUCACUAGGCCAAACCAUCUGUCUGCUUCCUUGGAAUGCCAAGAAGACUCGAGCGCUGUGGGCGCUCGCAUUGAUACCGGCCUGGCCCUUCUUGGCCAACGAAUACGACAUCUACAUAUCGACGAGGCUUUUGCCAGGCGAAAGUCAUCCGGUUGAGGAGCUUGCCCGCGCCGCGAGAGCAGAGUUCGACGCGAUGCUUGAGCGUCAGUCGAGGAAUUAUACUGCCGCAGCGACAGAGUAUCGGCGCCGUUACGGGAUGAGCCCACCGCCCGGCUUCGAGUCGUGGUUCAACUACGCGACCGCGCACAACUCACCGAUCAUCGACGACUUCGACAUGAUACACGAGGCUGUUGCGCCAUUCCUUAAACUGAGCGGAAAGAGGGUGCGGCAGGCGAUGCGGGAAGCAGUCGUCGCCGACAGCGUGAACUUAUGGUCGUGCGAGUUCAAAGGGGCUACUGGCGGCACGACGUGUCGCAACGAGCAUCGGAAGUUUGACAGGCACAUUGGAGAGUCGCUGAGUCUUGCUCUUGGGGACGUCCAUGUGCGAGGGCCCAUCCCGGAUGCCCAAUUCCUGGUCAACCACCUUGACGAGCCGCGCGUGAUGUUGCCGAAUGCUUCCGAGUCUACCGGCCAUGAGCGGAUCGAGGCGAAACAUUUUGGGCAUCAGUCCGCGUGGGACGUUCUCGUAGGGAAUUGCCCGCAGCGACAGGGGGAGCAUUUGGAGGGAACCGGGCAAAAGGUGCUCGACACAUACGGCAUCCCGUUCGUGACGGACACGCAACGGGACAAGGACCUCUGCCAGCACCACCGCCGCAGAUAUGGCAGGCUGCAUGGCCUGCUGGCGAGCCCGACGUCGCUAACGGUCCUACAUGGGGCGGUGCCGGUGCUUUCCACGGGGGCGCUGUCGACCAUGGGCGACGUGCUCUUCCCGAGUCCGGCGUAUAACGAGAGCGAAUUCUUAUACGACGAGUCUCGAGACGUCGCGUGGGAUACGAAACAUAACAAUCUGUACUGGGCGGGUUCGACGACAGGCGGGUAUGCCGUGGGCACCGACGGCGAUCUGUGGAAGUCAUUCCAUCGGCAACGGUUCGUGGCGCUCGCCCAGGGCCUCGAUAGCAGACGGGGAGGAGGCAGGCACUGGUACCUCCGCGAGGACAGGAGCAGCAGCAGCGGCGCCGACGGCCUCCCGAUCCGGCGGCGCGUAGCAUCGUCGUUCCUCAACAGCCGGCUGUGGGACGUAUCCUUCACGCGCAUCUUCCAAUGCGACGGACGCGCGUGCGGCGCCCAGCGCAGCUACUUCCGCGCCCGACCAUGGGCGGACAAGGACGCGGCGCUGCGGUCGCGCCUCGCCUUCGACACGGACGGCAACGGCAUCAGCGGGCGGUUCGGGAAGCUGCUGGCGUCGCGGUCGGCGCCGCUGAAGCAGACGCUGCUCCGCGAGUGGCACGACGAGCGCCUCGCCGCGUGGGUGCACUACGUUCCCGUGAGCCUGGGCAUGGGGGAGCUGCCCGAGCUCGUGAGCUGGCUGACGGGGAGCGCGACGGGGCGGGCGAGGGCGCGCGCGGUGGCGGUCGAGGGGAGGGAGUGGGCGGCGAGGGCGCUGCGGGCCGAGGACAGGGCCGUGUAUGUGUAUAGGCUGAUGCUGGAGCUGGCUCGGGUGCAGGAUCCGCGACGGGAGGCCAUGUGA